CAGCAAAUAUCAUCAAUUUUUAACUAUUAAAUUCAUAAAAUAAAUAAUAAAUUAUUUUUUUCUGUUAAUUAAAUUCAUUAAAAUGACUUAAAAUGCGUAAGUCGAUCAUACCGGCGGUGUCAUGCCGAUUUCAUUACCCGCACAGGUUGAACCAGAUUCUAACCGGGUGGCAUGCCAACAGCAUAACAACCAUGAUUCCAAGUAAAAAAAGAACAAAUAAGAUCCAAAACUUUGAUCAAAAAGUAUUUUUGUUUUGAUUCGAUUCUUUUCUAUCCAAAUAUUCCAUCGAAUUGAACUCGAGAACCAAAUCGCAAUGUGAGUGUCAAUUAGGGAAAGAUGGAACUUGGCCACCUCUAACCAUAACCCUGAAAUUCGUUCGUUUUCCCACCUUCCUUCUUCCACUCCCCCAUGUUCUGAAGUUAGUUUACCACAACGAAGAAGUCCCAAACUUUAUUAUUUCUUGGUGCCAAAGCUAUGAACUUUGAACUGUUUGAAGGGUGUUCUUUCGUAUUUCCCGCCCAAAUAGGGGCAGUAUGGUAAGUGGACGAGUGGAGAAGGUGGGUUCCUCUGGAUAAUCACGAACAAACGACCAUUACCCCCCACUAACUGUAAACCAAAGGGCAAAACCGCCAUGUUUGUCUCACUUACUCUCCAAAUCGGUAACCGUUUUUCUCUCCGUAGUUUCCUUCUUCUUCCCCACCACUACAUAAGCAAAGCUUCCCCCUUUCUUCCAACUUUUUUCGCCUGUCUUCGUUUCCUGAUCACACCCUCUGUUUUUCCUACCUUCCCCUGUUUUCUCCCCUAAUUCCCAAAUUUCACCAGAGUGAUUCGCGAUAAUGACCAACCAAAACAACGCGAAUUCCAACCCCAUCUUCCCUUCUUCUUCGUCGUCUUCUCCUCCUCCCCCACUUCCUCCGCCGCAGAUUUCUUCCCUCCCGAACCCAAACCACCAUCGGAAGAAGCGAACGAAGUUGAACAAGAUUCUGCUCGAACCCUCUCCGAUUCCCCCGCCAAUUUUCCCCAAUCCGUUUGCUUCCCCUCCUCUCGCUGCUUCUUCUUCGUCGUCGUCUUUGCCGACCCACAAUGCGGCUGAGGCGGCGGCGUGUGGGAGCGCCAGGAAGAACAAGGGCAGCGGCGGCGGUGGGAAAAAGGCGGACCCAUCAGCGCCGAAGACCAAGCCGUGUACGGAGUGCGGGAAGAUGUUCUCGUCUUGGAAAGCUCUGUUUGGUCACAUGAGGUGUCACCCUGAGCGAGAUUGGCGCGGGAUUAACCCUCCCCCAAAUCACCGCCGCCGCCCUCCUCCGCCGCAGAUUCCCCUGACGAUUUGCCCUCCCUCACCGCCGCCGCCGCACCUUCACGGGACCCACAUCGGGGAAUUGAUGACGAUGACCGCAGCGGAUCACGAGGUGGCUGAUUGCUUACUCGCCUUGGCCAAUUUCACUGUCAGUCACCAAUCCCCUGUUUUAGCAGCGGCAGAGCGAAAUUGGGGAAACAGAGCAUCCGCCGCCGCCGCCGAAGGAGGCGAAUUUGGCGGCGCAAUUGUGCCUUUCCGAGAUCACAAUCGAGAAGGCGAAGGAGGGGAUUCGGGUCGGUUCGAGUUCUCCAGUAGCAAGAAGGUAUUCGGGUCGCAACAGGCGCUAGGAAGUCACCGCGCCAGCCACACACUUUUUCCCGCGGACGAUUUUCGGCAGAACAGUUCAUUAGCCGAAAGCAGCAGCGCGGGUUGUGGUGAUGUGAAUUCAGCAGAGACGACGACGGCCGCGGUCGUGUUGGCCGGAGGCGAUGGCAGUUCCGUAACCGGCGGCAACCACAAAUGCAGCAUUUGCCUUCGAGUUUUCCCCAGCGGGCAGGCGCUCGGCGGGCAUAAGAGAUGCCAUUGGGACAAUCAGAGAGCCAAUCAGAAUCAAGGAUCUCAAUCUUCGUCGCCGAUGUUGAUGGUGGACCUGAAUUUGCCGGCGCCAGUCCCAUCGCCGGCUGUGAUUCCUCCGGCCAAAGAUGAAGAGCUUGAAUGCUCCUCCUCCUCCCCGGUCUCUCUGUCGUCGCCCCCAACUCUGGACUUGAGGUUGGGCCUUUGAUCUUGGGCCUGUUCUCUUUUGGGUCCAUCGCUUUUAGGGCCCAUGUUUUUCGUAUUGGGAUUAUGAACACUAAUCAUGUUUAGUUUAAAUGAUUAGGAGAUUGUGUUAGUGUCGCCUGGAUAUUUGUUUGUUCAUAUGAUGAUGUGAUUUGUGAGAUUGUAAAACUAAUUGCGCCCUUAUUUGAGAGGCGGAUUAGGUUAGUGUGGUUGUGUAAGAAGAUUAUAUAGGUGUAGUUUGUGAUAUACUAGACAUUCUUGUGUUAAUAAAUCGUGAUGUAACUUUUUUUACCCUUAAUGGUUGUUUGUGAUGAAUGUUGCUGAUAAUAAUGAGAGUGUGCUUAUGUCAAUGUUGUAAGCUUAGUUGCAAUUGAGGAAGCAAUUCUCGUCGGAUUUUUAUUGUAGUUGGACUAGUUGAUGUUUCAUGCUAUCACUUAUCAAUAAUGUUAUAUGCUAAGUUAGUCGAGUUUAAAAAACGAAGGGCUAUAGUCCAACUCAAGAUUAUUAUCAAUUCGAUGAAUAUUUUUUUUCUUUUCGGAUACAGAGUGAGUCCAUGCCAAAGCUCCUCUGCCCAAAUCUAAGAGGUCAUCCAUGAACUCAAGGAAGUUCAACCCAUGUCCGAUUGUCUAUCGAUUCACGUGAUUACUGUUGGAAAACUAUUUUAAGAGGAGUGCAUAAAAUCAUAGGAAUUCGAGACUCGACUGAGCUCGAAUGUUUAGAGAGAGACUCGUCGUUGUUUAGCAGCAUAGUGAUGGACACGAAUGUCGAUGACACCCUCGCAAAAAAGACAACCACUCUUGAGAUUUCAUUCACGCCACUGAAAAAAUCAACCAAAAUGAUUAAGACGUGAAACUCAUUCGAGAAACUCAUGCUGAAUAGCAGAUCGCGAUGACGAGGAGAACAAGAAGAAAUUUGUUUGCAUGAUUGAUGAGUUUAGAAGUUUCUUGGAUGCCUUCAUUUAUCUUUAACUAUAAUUGUUUGUUUAAGGGAGAGGGAGAAAGUGAUUAAAGAAGAUGCGGAAAAACGACUCCUUGAGUGAGUGAGUGAGUGAGCAUCUACUAGGCAGUACUUGUCUUUGUAUUAAUAGUUCUUACUAUAUUGGAUUAUUGGUGGUUUUUGUGAGUCCCACAAACCCUAAUGAUGGUGCAACUCUCAUCAUCCAUUUCCUCUGUAUUUUGCUUCUUAAAAAUUCAUGAAAAAUGUAUUAAUAAAUUUGUCAAUUAUUGUGUGUUGAUUUGUGCCAUCAUCCCCCAUGCAGAUUUGUGUUAGGCUACUUGAAUAAUUUAAGGCAAAAAUUACUUGGCAGUAUUAUUGGUUUUAGUGCGUUGAUACAACAGGGAUGAGUUCAUUUAUUCUCAUUUAUCUGUCGUUGUAAUUUAUGCAUACAAAUGAAACUCAAAUAAUCAUCGAUCAAUUCUAUUUUGCUAAAAAAUUAACAUUUUGUAUUAGUUCAUAAUAUUUUGACUUCGGCAUUUCGUUAGUUAAGUCAUCUGGUUUUGUGUUCGAAGAAUGCGGAACAUUCUGCUUCAUCUAGAAUUUGGAGGGCUUUCUUAUAUUUUUAUGACAAGGGUUCUUGAUGCAUACAUACAUCAUAAAGUAUUUUUUUAUCCUAAAUUCAUAUUUGAAGAACACCUGGUUUGAUUUAACGAGUAAGAUUACACAUAAUGCACCGAAAAAUUUAUAUUAAGUGGGCUAUUGACUAUGGUAUCAAAUUCUUAAUCAGUGGAUACAAAUAAUCAAAUCCGGUUCGCUAAACUGCCCAAAAUAGAAGUAUUUAAAAAGGUUAUCAACAACAAAAAUGUCAAACAAAGCCAUUGCCUUUCUUUUUAAGGAAAGUCAAAUUACAAAUAAACUAGGAAAUUCAUC